AUGACACGGAGGAACGCCUGGACAUUGGUGGGACCACAAGCACCUCCUCGUGGCAGCACUGCGUUCAUUUGUGUACCUUUGGUGGUUGUCUCGCCACUGGUUGAAGGAAGGGGAAGGGAGGAGCAACGUCUACGGUGGAGUGACGUGGCACACUGUUCUGCAGUGAGGAACACUGGCAGGGUGAAGAGUCUGACAAUGGCUCUCACUUCACAUUUGUUCACGAUGAAGCUAUCAGCGUUGAUGGGAGCAGUUGCGACGACUGAGGACAUUCGAUGCGACAUUGCAGAAGUGAUGCUAUGGAGGAAUGUCGACGAGAAGGGUGUUGUUGUGGUAGGCAAGACGGUGGAGCGUGGGAUGCUGGGGAAACCCCUCCUACUACUGGUGUUAUGUGGCAAUCUAGUUGCCCUACCUCGCUACUCACCAGCUUGCAGUCUCGCCUCUGGGAGGAGGUCUUGA